CCUCCGCCGCAGCGGGAGCAGGGUCUCGGUUACCGGGGCCUGCCCGGGGCUCGUGCCCCGCCCGCCCCCGGUGCAGGCUCCCCCCGCUGUGCCCCGGGGCCAGCACGGGGUGGGGGGGGUGUUAAUGUGAGCGCAGCUCCCGGCGUGCCCCGCGGCGAGCGCGGCUGUCACGGCGCAGAACCCGGAAGUGGUCGCGGGGGCGGAGGGGACGCUCCAAGAUGGCGUCGCCUCCUCAGGGGGGCCCGAUGGCGAUCGCCAUGCGGCUGCGGAACCAGCUCCAAGCCGUCUACAAGAUGGACCCGCUCCGCAACGAGGAGGAGGUGAAGGUGAAGAUGAAGGAGCUGAACGAGCACAUCGUGUGCUGCCUCUGCGCCGGGUACUUCAUCGACGCCACGACCAUCACCGAGUGCCUGCACACGUUCUGCAAGAGCUGCAUCGUCAAGUACCUGCAGACCAGCAAGUACUGCCCCAUGUGCAACACCAAGAUCCACGAGACGCAGCCGCUGCUCAACCUGAAGCUGGACCGGGUCAUGCAGGACAUUGUCUACAAGCUGGUGCCCGGCCUGCAGGAGAGUGAAGAGAAGAGGAUCCGGGAGUUCUACCAGUCCCGGGGGCUGGACCGGGUGUCCCAGCCCUGCACUGAGGACCCGGUGGGGGGCGACCCCAUGGGGCUGCCCUAUAGCACGUUCGACCACUCGCGGGCGCACUACUUCCGGUACGACGAGCACGUCUCGCUCUGUCUGGAGAAGCAGAGCUCCAGCAAGGACAAGAGCAAGGCCGUGCUGCAGCACAAGUACGUGAGGUGCUCGGUGCGGGCACAGAUCCGGCACCUGCGGAGGGUCCUGUGCCACCGGCUGGGGCUGCCCCUACAGCACGUGCAGAUCCUGUUCGAGAACACGGCGCUGCCCGACCACAUGACCAUGAAGCAGCUCUGGCUCUCGCACUGGUUCGGCAAGCCCGCACCCCUCCUGCUGCACUACAGCAUCAAGGACAAGAGGAGGUAGGGGCUGGGGACACGGCCCCGUGCUGCUCACCCCUGUGCACCCCCCCCGCACCCCACAGCACCCCCUAAUUUAACAGCCCUCAUUCGAGUCUAUUUUUGGAAUAAAACUGUGGAAAAUC